AUGUCCCAAUCCUCCCCUUUCCCCUCCUGCUUCCGCCCCUCCGCCGCCUCCGACUCCCACCACCGCCCGCCAUCCCCGCCGCCCCCGCCGCCUCCUCUCUCCGGCAAGCCCAACCUCACCACCUGCUUCUACCAGACCGAGCUCGGCGUUUUCUCCCUCACCUGGUCCCGCACUUUCCUCGGCCACUCCCUCCACCUCGACCUCCUCCCCAUCGACCACCACAACGGCGGCGCGUGCUCUCCACUCUCCCUCACCCACUCCAUCCCACACCGCUCCGCCAUCUCCUUCCACCUCCAGAUCAAGCCCUUCGUCUUCUGGAAGAAGCACGGCUCCAAGGCGCUCCACACCCCCGAUGGAGCCGCCGCCGGGAGGUUCCAGAUCUUCUGGGAUCUGUCCCGGGCCAAGUUCGGAUCCGGGCCGGAGCCCCAAUCCGGGUUCUACAUCGCCGUCGUGGCCGACCGGGAAAUCGUCCUCCUCGUCGGGGACUUGGCCAGAGAGGCCUGCGGGAAGACGAAAGCGCGGCGGCGGAGGCGGCCGGAGAGGGCGAGCCAGUCGCUGGUUUUGAGGAGGGAGCACGUGUUUGGGAACCGGGUUUAUACGACGAAGGCCCGAUUCGGCGGCCGGAGCCGCCAGAUUUCGAUCGAUUGCAACGUGGGGAGCGACGCCAGGCUGAGCUUCGCCGUCGAGGGGAAGCGGGUGCUCCAGAUCAAGCGGCUGAAGUGGAAGUUCAGAGGGAACGAGCGAAUCGAGGUGGACGGGGUUCCGAUUCAGAUCUCGUGGGAUGUCUACAAUUGGCUGUUCGAGGACGGCGGGAGCAGCGGGCACGCCGUGUUCAUGUUCAGGUUCGAGAGCGAGGAAGAGGAGUACGAUCGCGAGGACGAAGGGAGUGGAGCGGCGACGCCGACGGAGAAGGGCGGCGGCGGCGCCGUCGUGCCGUGGCAGCCGCAGGGGAGUAGUAGCAAUUCGUCGUCGUCGUGGGGCGGGUUCGGGGUGAUGAACGGGAUAGAGUGGCGGAAGAUGAAGAAGAGCUUGAUGAUGAGGACGACGGCUGCGAGGAGCUCGUCGUGGUCGUCGAUUUCGAUGUCGUCGGCGUCGUCGAUGGGGACGAACUCGUCGGUGAUGGAGUGGGCCAGCGUGGAAGAGAGCGAGUUGGGCUGUGGGCCUCACGGCUUCUCUUUGCUGGUUUACGCCUGGAAAAAGUGA